CAAACGUGAGUUUCACUUCCUGAUGUCAGUGAUGGCGACUGCAGACGUGAGAGACGAGCUGAGCUGCUCCAUCUGUCUGAUCCUUUAUACUGAGCCUGUAAUGCUGCCGUGUGGGCACAACUUCUGCCAGGGCUGCAUUGAGAAGGUGCUGGAUACCCAGGAGGGAUCUGGGGCUUAUUCCUGCCCUGAAUGCAGACAGGAGUAUGAGGAGCGCCCUGCCCUGCCCAGGAACAGAACUCUGGGGAACAUAGCAGAGAGAUUCCGUCCAACUGAGACCCAACUGGGAGAGACCGGGAUCUUCUGCACCUACUGUGUCCUCUCUCCUGUACCUGCUGCUAAAUCCUGUCUCCUGUGUGAGGCUUCUCUGUGUGAUACCCACCUGAGGGGGCACAGCCAGUCACACAAGCACAUCUUAACUGCCCCCACACGUUCUUUUGGGGAGAGAACGUGUGGUGACUCCAUCUGUGUCUGUGUGUCCUGCUGUCGGAUUGGGGAGCACAGGGGCCACAGGGUGGAGCUGCUGAGUGAGGCCUCUGAGAAGAAGAAAGAGACACUGAGGCAAGUUCUGGAGAAACUGAGGCCAGAGAGAGAGGAGACUGAGAGAGGAGCCCAGAGACUGCAGGAGCGCAGGAGAGAAGUGGCAGAAAAAUCAGCCGGUGAGACAGAGAGAGUCACUGCCCUGUUUAGAGACAUCAGGGAACAGCUGGAAGCCCUAGAGAAGAGACUCCUGAAUGACAUCUCCAGCCAGAAAGAGAAAAUUUUCCUCCACCUCCAGGGUCUAAUGGAGCAGCUGGAAAUAAAGAAGGACGAGCUGUCCAGGAAGAUCCGUCACAUUGAGGAGCUGUGCAACAUGGCAGAUCCACUCACUGUCCUACAGGAACGGGAAUCACAUGGAGCUGCAGAUAAUGAGGGGGGCAGAGAGAGAGAUGAUGAAGAGGAACAUAAUGUGGAAUAUGAUACUGAGGAGGAGGAUUCUGAGGGGUCAGAUAGUGAGGGGGGCAGAGAGAGAGAUGAUAUGAAGGUCCCACCAGAAGAAGAUCUGGAUGUGAUUCUGAUCUCAGAGAUAAUAAUUCAGAGCUUGGAAGGAAAAGUCAGUGAGAUAAAGAGAAGCUACUGCCCCCGGGAGAACUCGUUCCUGUAUCUGGAUAGUAACACGGCUCAUCAUCUCUUAAAAAUAACAAAUGGCAGUAAGAAAGCCGAAAAAAACGAGUACUGGGCAGAUAGGAAGGUUAUCGAUCAGACAUCAGAGAGCUUUCUGGAUCACACCCAGGUAUUAACCACCAGGAGUUUCCACUCGGGGCGACAUUACUGGGAGGUCGAUUGCAGUAAAGCAGUGAACUGGCGGGUAGGGGUGGCCUAUCCCAGUAUAGAGAGGGGGGGACAUCAUUCACAUAUUGGGAAUAAUAACAAGUCCUGGGUGGUGGCUCAGAAAGCUAGCAUUAGGAAUGGCAAAUUUCAGUGUUCACUUUGUGCGGCACAUGAUGGAGAAGAAACCAGUUUAUCUGACCCACAAGUCAGUUCCAAGCCCAUUAAGCAAAUCCGAGUGUAUCUGGACUAUGAGGCCGGACGUCUGUCCUUCUAUGAGCUGAGUGAGACCAUCAGACACUUACACACCUUCACUGCCAAAUUCACUGAGCCCCUCCAUGUUGCAUUCUGGGUAAGGGAGGGCAGUGUGACCAUCCAGCAAUAAAGUGCCCCAUUGAAGGUACCGGAAAUACCAAAAAUAACAUUUUUAUUUGAACCUGUAAUACUAUGAUUUCCAUAUCUAUUCAUUGAUACAGAUGUGCGGCUCCUUUGUGCUGUAUAUUGACUAAAACUGCCCAAUUUGCCCCCACAAUUGACCUCAGUGGGAAGCAUCUGGCACAGUCUAUCAGACAUUUUUCUUGGAGGCAACAGAAGGUGGCGGUGGGGGCAUGUUUUUUAUUUUUAAUGCAAUUGGGGUUGAAAAUGACAACGAUCCAUCCUCUUAAUCUUUAUUGUAACUGUACUUUGUAUUUAUUAUUGUAAUGACCCCCCUGUCUGUCCUGUUUAUUUAUUGUUCUGUUGUACAAUGUUGUGUUAUAGGUGACACCAGAUAAAAAUAUACCAACACGUUACCCACUGUAUUGACCAGUCAAUAAUCAACUGAAUUAAAUAUCUAGGAAUAAA